GCACGCAACGCGCCACGAGCGAGCCCGGGGUGGCAGCGCGUUUCGGCGCCACGCAGCUGCGCCGAGCGGCGGCCAGCGAGGAGGAGGGCGCGCGGGAGGAGGGCCGGAAGCGCGGCGGCCGCCGGCGCUCCGAAGCCGCACGCGCCAGUCGGGACGCGGCCGGCAGCAGUUGCGCGCCGCCCGGCACUCCGCGCGCACCACUCCGCUAUGGUGCCACAAUGACCUCGCUGCCCGGCAUGACCCACGACCCGUCGGCACCACCGCCCCUGUUUCUGGACAGCCCGUACGUGUCGCCCGACUAUGGCAACCUGUCGCUGCUGUCGUCGCUGCAGGCCGGCAAUGUCAGCUCGGGCAAGCUGUACCAGGUGCCCGUCGGCUUCAUCGUGCUCCUCUCCAUCUUCUACGGACUCAUCUCGCUGGUGGCCGUCGCCGGCAAUUUCAUGGUCAUGUGGAUCGUGGCCACGUCGCGGCGCAUGCAGACCGUCACCAACUUCUUCAUCGCCAACCUGGCCGUGGCCGACAUCAUCAUCGGACUGUUCUCCAUCCCGUUCCAGUUCCAGGCCGCUCUGCUGCAGCGCUGGGUGCUGCCGGAGUUCAUGUGCGCCUUCUGCCCGUUCGUCCAGGUGCUCUCGGUCAACGUGUCCAUAUUCACGCUGACCGCCAUCGCGCUGGACCGAUACCGCGCGGUCAUGUCGCCGCUCAAGGCGCGCACCACCAAGCUGCGCGCCAAGUUCAUCAUCUGCGGCAUCUGGACGCUCGCGGUGGCGGCCGCGCUGCCGUGCGCGCUCGCGCUGCGCGUCGAGACGCAGGUCGAGUCGCACGCGCUCAACCUGACCAAGCCGUUCUGCCACGAGGUGGGCAUCUCGCGCAAGGCCUGGCGCAUCUACAACCACGUGCUCGUGUGCCUGCAGUACUUUUUCCCGCUGCUCACCAUCUGCUUCGUGUACGCGCGCAUGGGCCUCAAGCUCAAGGAAAGCAAGUCUCCCGGCAACGCCCAGGGAGCCCGCGACGCCGGCAUCCUCAAGAACAAGAAGAAGGUGAUCAAGAUGCUGUUUGUCAUCGUGGCGCUGUUCGCCUUCUGUUGGCUUCCUUACCAGCUCUACAAUGUUCUCCGGGAAGUGUUCCCCAAGAUUGACAAGUACAAGUACAUAAACAUCAUAUGGUUCUGUACGCACUGGCUGGCUAUGAGUAACUCCUGCUACAAUCCUUUCAUUUAUGCCAUCUACAACGAGCGCUUCAAGCGCGAGUUCGCGACUCGCUGCACCUGCGGUGGCCAUCGCUACAAGCCGCCCAAGAGCCGCUUCGCCUCGUACGAGCAGGAAGACAACAACUCGACCAUCAUAGUGUCCAUGCGGCACUCGUUCCGGCUCAGCUUCAAGAACUCGUCGCCGCUCAAGGCGAGCACGCAGGUGUGACGGAGCCACCGGCGCAUUCUGACCGGCUCGCUUGAAUCGGCGAAGAUAACGAGACGGGACCACGGCGUUCCCGGCUCUCCUGCGCUACCUCCAGCGGCGCUGACUGAAUCCGCGUGCAACCCCAGCCCGACGAGCGCAGCGCCGACGCACAGUUGCGCCACCCCAAAGACGACCGCACGCCGUGGAUCAGACGGUCGUGCCCCACCGAUUUUCCUCGACACUGAACUUGAGCCCUGGUGCUGCACUGAGAAAGAAAGAAAAAAUAAUAAGUGCCCUGCCUGCUCCACUGACGCGUCACAGGUGUUGCAAUGUGCACAUUGAUUUUGUCUGCGCGCGUGCGAGUAUGCGUGUGUGUGUGCGUGAGCGCGUGCGUGUGUUCCACCUGUGACACCCGUUUAGUCGCUGGUGUAGAGACGCAGCGAGGGAUGUCGGGCUACAGUGAGUUCAGGGCGUGCCGGGAAAACGUACCCAGUGCGUGUUAAAGCAGUAUUGCGGUCCUCAUGGUGCCGAGUUGAAGUUGUAUAAGAGGUUUGACGUCUGCGUUUACACUGUCGAAUGACGUGUGGCACCAAGAGUCGUUGAUAUUUGCGAGCUUUGAGAGUGCAAGAACUCUAACGGUUGUCUUUCACGAAUGUUUUUUUUUUCCACCUGUUGUCUUGCUUUCUGCUUUCUUUUUCGGUGCUCGCUGGGUGAGGAAGAGACCACGCGUUUGACCGACUAUCGCCGUGCGUGUGACAAGACCAGGCACAAAAACCAACACAUGCCUCUUCAGAUAGACCAAAGUGUGCGCUUACGGCGCUUUGUAACGUGGCCCCGUCGCAAAGCGCCGAGAGUAGUUAUCACCCCACUAUCGUAUACUUGAACCGCAGUUGUAGUGUACGUCAAUGUAAAGGCUGGUAACGUUGUCCGUGUGCUUACACCAGCUCUGAAAAACAUUGAGCAUACUAAAUGUAAAGUCUACAGUACGCGGUGUUCAUGUGGAUGUGUUUGUGUUCAAUUUAAGGUUUUUAACCAUGACGGAAGUGUGUGCGUUGUACUUACAAAAGGAAAGAGUCGAGUGACAAAAGGCUCAGUGAAUCCCGUCUAUUUUUGAAGGACGCGUUAUCUUACGGACUAAUCGUUACGUGUACUGCCUCAGAUUUGCUACGUGAUUUCUUCCUUACGCGUCUUUACCUUCUUCUUGCACUUAUCUUCUCUAUCAGCCUUUAUACAAACUGCUGGCUGCAGUGCAUCCGUACCAACAUGCCCUGCUGUCAUCUCUACCAGCCGCAGUUUUAUGGCUUCUGCCAUGACUCUUCAUUGUUGUAAAGAUGCCAGUGCGACCGCGGUUUCAGCUCGGCUAACGUCAAAAGCCUCAGUGACCUCUCUUCACUUUUACAGCAUAUCGCUUAAGGCACUUCACUCCCAUUACCAGGCAAUUGCGAACGGGAAAGCCUCCAUGACAGUGUUGAUACAGGGUGCAAUUACACUCCAGUAACUGGAGCUUUCAGCGUGAGCCCGUAUAGACCGCUCUCAAACAGUAAUAGCAACCUGAAAUGUUAACUGCCGUGUUAAAAAUGUCAAACUGCCGCCACUGUAUACACGUUCCUGGUGGUUUCCUCAAGUGUCCUCCUCUUUUUUUCCUCUCAAUUUAG